AUGGUAAUGAUGACCAGCAAGAUCCUUACCUUCAUAACACAGAGAGAAGAAAGACACCAAAAAGAAGCUGAGAAAAGAGAAGUUGAAAAGAAGAAAAACAGUGUUUGGGAUGCUAUGAAAGAGGUUCCUGAUUUGGAUGAUCGUAUCAAAUUUAAAGCGGUGACCCUUAUCUAUUCCUUGGGAAUGAAAUAUGUGUUCAUUGAUAUGUCCAUAGAAGAACGCUAUGGUUGGAUCCAAAGCAAUGUCAACUGA